AUGAAUUCAGCAUACUGGGACUGCCAAGAAGAAAUUCUUCUCAAAUCUGAAGGAGACGAAUUCGUUGGGCUUCUUUUACAAAAGAAUUCAAGCUCGCCAUCUAAAUCAGAAAUAACUCAGCAAAACCCUGAAUAUCAGCUUAUUCCACCUCAUGUAGCCAAGGAGGGCAAGGAAGAUUCUGAAUUUGAUGAUGAAGGACUUCUUGAAUUAAGUUCAAAUGAAGAUAUGCAAGCUAAAGCUGACUACCCUGGUUGUGAUACUUUGAACAAGGAAGAAUUUUCAUCUGGGCCUUCUAAAUCUACUAAUGAUACUGAAGAAGAUCAGAAACAUAAUAGUACUAAUUCUGAGAACACCGAAGGGAUGAAUGGCUCUACUAGUUUACCAUUUGAAGAGAGCAAAGAGAACAAUGAAUCUCCACAUAGAUACAGAACAGAUAACAUGAGUAAAGCUGGUUUUAGAGGUCUUAUCCAAAUGGUCGGAAGAAAAUUUAAAGAAGAUAUCAGUAAAUUUCAGGGAGAAAAUCUAAUGAAGUAUCCUUCGAAGAACUUAUCUGUGUUAUAUGAAUUGCUGAAAUCUACUUAUGAGCAAGCCCUUGGGCAUGCAGUUUCAGAAAAAGAUUUCUUCAAGGUCUACGGGAUUCUGCUGAAACUUAGUAUCUCUACGAAGGAGAGAAGGGAAGUGUUAAAUUCUUACGGAAACACACUGAGAGAAUCUGCUUUGAGCAAUUCUGAAGAGUUUAUCUAUCAUCGUAGUCACUAUACCAAGAAGUCCAAGAAAUAUUUCUCAAAGCAUCCCUUGCUAUUGGUUGCUAAAAACCUAUUUUCCUCACAAGAGUGGUUAAGAGAAGUUUUUAAAGACUUUAUCUUAAAUGAAAAUCAGAAAAAGGUCAUAAAUGAUCCUCAAAGAUACUAUGCUGAAAUUCUUGAAUUACUAAAUUUAUAA